AGGGAGGAGGAGGAGGUGGUGCUGGUGGUGGUGGCGUGCGUGAGAGAGCGAGCGAGAGAGCGAGAGAAAGCCCCCUUUGUGUGUGAACGAAGAGGAAGCCCGCCUGGCAGGGGCCAUGCAGGACGCGGGCGCCAGGCAGCGCAAGCCAGCCUCCAGCGGCAGCGGCUCCUCGGGUGCGGACGGCAUGGGAGCUCCCUCCGCCACCGGCACCACCACGGGCAGCACCACGGGCAGCAGCAGCACCACGGGCAGCAGCAGCAAGGGAGCGCACGUGCUGGACAAGCUGUUUGGCAAGAAGCUGGCGCACACGCUGGUGCAGACGCGCUCCUGGAUGAAGACCGUGCCCACCGACGACUGCGACGUCCUCAUGGUCCUGCCAGAGAAGACGAGCGACGCCACGCUGCUGUGGCUGCUGAACAAGCUGCGCGUGGGGCUCCCCGAGCUCGUCGUGCAGGUGCGCCACCACCCGUGCACGCGCGCCUACGGCCUCUACCUCACCGCCUCCUACAGCCACCUGCUGUGCGGAGUGGAGCUGCUGUCGAUCCGCAAGCCUGUGAGGGCCGAGUUUGGGGGCGGCAUGCAGCCCUUCAUGCGCGACGAGGACAUCUUCGAGAACGUUGACAACGAAGCCCUCUUCCUGUCGUCCCAGGAGAGGCAGAGCAUCAUCUUCACCUGGCUGCAGAACCUGCGGGCAGGGCCUGGGGAGAGGCUGCAUGACGUCUGCUUCCUGGAAGGACAGCCCAUCGUGCUGGAGCUGCUGAACAGGAAGGUGAUCGACCAGGUGUUCCCGCUGCACGAUCGCGGUACGCUCACGAAGUUCAUGAAGAGCUGGGUCCGGCCGUCCUUCCACCAGCAGCCUCUGGACGAGGUGUGCGAGUACUUUGGCGUGAAGGUGGCCAUGUACUUCGCGUGGCUGGGGUACUACACGUCGGCACUCGUCUAUCCGGCCGUCUUGGGCCUCUUGCUCUGGGUCUACUGCUACACCACGCAGUCCAGCCAGGACGCGGGCUUCGUGCUCUUCUCGCUGUGGAACGUCGUCUGGGCCUCGGUGUUCCUGGGCGGCUGGAAGCGGCGAGGCGCGGAACUGGCGUACCGCUGGGGCACGCUCGACGCCACCGUCGACCUGCUGGAGGAGCCGAGACCCCAGUACCAGGGCGAGAAGCGCGUGAGCAACGUGACGGGCCGCGAGCAGCUCUACUACCCGAGCUGGAAGCGCGAGCUCUUCCGCUGCUUGGUGAGCGUGCCCGUGUGCGUCGCCGGCCUCGCCCUCGUCUUCGUCACCAUGCUCGCCUGCUUCCAGCUGCAGGACUACCUGCUGAGUAUGGAGGGCGUGUCGGACUGCGUGCACUACCUGCCCAAGGUGCUCCUCGCCAUCAUUGUCACCCUCCUCAACGACGUUUACAACAGCAUCGCCUACUGGCUCAACGACAGGGAAAACUACCGGCUGCAGACGACGUACGAAGCCCAUCUCAUCAUCAAGCUGGUCAUGUUUCAGUUCAUAAAUUCCUACCUGAGCCUGUUCUACAUCGCCUUCUACCUCAAGGACAUGAAGAGGCUGAAAGAGAUGCUGGCGGCGCUGCUGAUCACGCGCCAGCUGAUGCAGAACUUGCGCGAGGCGCUGCAGCCGUAUGUCAUGGAGAAGCUGCGCCGCAUGGACCUGGCGCGGAGACCCCGGGACGCGACGCACGCGCCGGAGCCGUACGAGGGCAUCUCCCUGCAUGACUACUCGGACGCCUCCUCCUCCUCCUUAUCAUCACCCCCGCCCUCGUCCUCCUCGUCUCCCCCUGCCGACUCCUCAUCCUCGUCAUCGGCCGCGUCGCCCGGUGUUGGUGAAACCGGCGGCGACGAUGACCGCAACCGUGGCGGCGGCGGCGGCGGCUUCCGGCAACUGACCGUGGGCUCCGUGUAUGGCCACGAGGACGAGUGGGGAUUCUCCGAGGUCGGCGGCUCCGAAGAAGCGAUGAUGGAGGAGGACGAGGCGGAGGGCGAGGUUGGAGGAGACAUGGUGCAGGAGUCGGACGUGCCGGUCGGCUGUGGCGCGGAGGUGCCGGGGGCCAGGGAGACGCAGGGAGAACGGGGGCUGUCGGAGAGUGGGGGGGCGGCGGACUCGGUGAGGUUGCGGGCAGCCAAGGCGGGGGCAGCUGAUGGCACCGCUGCUGCUGCUGCUGCUGCUCAGACCUGGGGGCAGCAGGAGGCUGGGGGAAGAGGUGGGGAGGAGCAGACGCACGAGGGGGAAGAGGAUCAUCCUCCCAUCGCCCAGGCCGAAAUAGAGAGCUGCAUGGACCAAUACAAGGACACGAUCGAGGACUACCUGGAGAUGUACGUGCAGUUCGGCUACGUGGUUCUCUUCUCCUCGGCGUUUCCGCUCGCCGCGCUCUGCGCCCUCGCCAAUAACCUCAUGGAGAUCCACACGGACGCCUUCAAGCUCUGCACGGGCCUGCAGAGGCCCUUUGGGCAGCGCGUGCGCAACAUCGGCCUCUGGCAGGACGCCAUGGAGUUGAUGGUGUCGGUGGCCAUCAUGGUGAACUGCGCCCUCAUCGGCCAGAGCGGGCAGCUCAAGAGCCUCUUCCCGUCGUUCAGCUCCGAGGGGAUCGUCCUCGCCAUCGUCCUGCUCGAGCACUGCGGGCUUUUGCUGAAGUACGCCAUCCUCAAGUUGAUCCCGGACGUGCCCUCCUGGGUCGCUGAGGAGAUGGCCAAGCUGGAGUUCCAGAGGAGAGAGACGUUCAAGCGGUACGAGCGAGCUGCCCAGCUGCGGCGGCAGCAGAAGGAGGAGGAGGAGAGGCGCGAGCAGCUGCGGGAGGAGAGGGCCGCUCACCUCCGCGCCAAGGACGCUGCCCGCGAGAGCAGCAAGGCGGACGAGCGAGCCGGGCACGGCUCGGCGCAGGGUGCGGGCAACACGCCAGGAUCGUCCGGGUCCACGCACGGCGGCGACAAGCAGCACCAGCACCAGCAGCAGCACCAGCAGCAGCACACGAGCGGCGGCAGCAGCGACAAGCCCCGACGGCCGUGCUCGCUGCCCAAGAGCAUGAAGCUCAAGCAGAUUAUCCCCAUGCAGGGCCGAAUGCUCUCUCCCUCGUCCACGACAACAACGACAACGACCGCGUCAACGACGGCGGUGGUGGCGCCGUCUGUUUCAAAGGCGGCGCAGCCCGUGGCGGCCGCAGGCGAUGAGAGGACGGUGUCCGGUGCCACCAAGAUGCCCGCCGCCACGCAGUCGCCCAACGGCGAGAGCAAGCUGCCGGGCUUUCUGAGCCGGCGCUUCCUGCGCUCGCCCUCGGCGGAGAGCCGUGCGGCUACGGCGGGCGCCGCCGCCGCAGCCGGGGGAUCCGCCGCCGCCGGGUCGGGCGGGGGCCCCGAGCGAGCGCAGUCGCCCACGAAGCUCGGGAAGCUGUUCGGCUUCGUCCGCGCCGAUGGCGGCGGCGGCGGCAGCAACUGGAACGGCGCUGGCGCUGCCGAGAAAGAGGAGGGCUCGGGGGAUCAGGUUUUGACGUCUCCGUCCGUGUCGUCGGCGUCGUCGUCGUUGUGCUCGGCCGCUCCGGUCGUCGCACGGCCCGAGGGGGCGGGCGGCCCGUCUCAGAUUUCGGUGCGGGAAGGCAAACACGAGGAGGCGUACUCGGAGAAGGGAGACUGAAACGAGCGUCGCCGGGCCGUCGCCGAAAUGCGGCAGCGCGAACCGCUUCUCUCUGAAUUCCGUUCCUGAAGAGGGUCGUGGCACACGAAGCGAAACGUCGGACAGCGCGUGCGGUACGGCCCGAUGCAACACAUCGGAACGAUAUACGGGCCGACCGCGGAAAACCGACAUUGUGGUCUUCGCAACGUGACCGUCUCUCUCUCUCUCUGUGCUCUAGCAUCGGCGGCUCGACUCUGUGGUUGAAAGCGAGUUUUAUUUAUUACGUUCUUUGCGGCCGUGUCAUUUGAGGUUUAUAUCCAUGUGCUUUGCAAUGGUGUGGUUGACUGAAUGAGAAGAGCAUAUGCAAGUGUGGGUGUUGGCCUCGCAGGGAGUGUGGGGGAGGGAGGUGGCGGCGCUGUUAUUGAAAUGCGAAUGAUCUCAGAGUAGCGGAUGGAGAAGAUUGUGCGUGCUAUUUUGCCAACUGGAGAUUUUGAUGAGGCGAAACUCCGCGAGUUUGCUGCUGCGAAACAAAGAGACACUAAAUUGACGCAGUUUCAAUUCGCCAUGGGAGCGAUAGCGUUCCACGGUAGCCGCAGCGUUCCAUAUUCUCGGCGACCAUUAACGUGUUCGCGGCUACCAGCAUGCACCGUGGCGUUGUGACAAAGUGAGGGGCCAGAAGUGGAGGGGAGGGAACUUCGACGUGGCUGUGGAUGCCACCAGAUGGCGCUUCAGCGGUGCGCACGAUAGUGACGUGACUGUUACUUAAAAUGAUUUUCUUUCGUCUCUAACGACAGCCCAGAGGUCGCAAACGGGUUUUGAUUCCUUACCCGUACCCGGCCGCACCAGGGUCACAAACGGGUACCCGUACCCGGCCGUACCCGUACCCUACCCGUACCCGGCCAGGUAUCAGGUAGGGUACGGGUAUCGGGUACCUGAUUGCGACCUCUGGGAUGAAGCCAUGUUGCAGGCGCGGGUGGGUUGAUUCUAGGAACUUGAAUUGUGAGAAGAGACAAGACGUAAAUGAGUGACAAACAGUUACUCACCAGUGACUCAGGGCUUACCUGUACCCGUACCCGGCCGCACCAGGCUCGCAAAUGGGUACCAGUACCUGGCCGGGUACGGGUAGCCGGGUAUCGGGUAGGGUACGGGUAUCGGGUACCCGGUUGCGACCUCUGCGACAGCCUCUAGGGUGUGUCCCAAAGUGAGGAGAGACCUUUAUUGUUUAGUUGAAUUUUUUUAAGAACUAAAAAAAGUAGAAUUACUCACUCUGAGCCUUGGGAACGUUAACAAACGACGUAAUGUCUGGAUUGCAAGAUGCUCCACAAAGUACGACGCACACACACACACCUACCGCGCACGUAAGAUGCACGCCCCAACGUUGGCUUGAAUAUAAAGGGGUUCGGGGCGAAAUAUUUGUCUGGUGAUGUGUAGAAUACGGUUUGAGUUUUUGCCAUCAUUUUUGUUAUUUUUCCCUUUUUUUUUCAACCUGAACAGGGGGACUUGCCAAACCAUGCUGCUGGGUUACCAGAAAUAAUUCUGGUGGUGCAAUAGUUCAGGGGGUGGUGGUGGAGUUGGGGCCAAAUGAGGUGGAGCGGCACGGUUGAAGACAAAGUGACCUUGUGGAAAGGCGACAAACGCUGGCCGUGGCUAUGUACAUAUGUAUGUUGAACUUCUUUAACACCAUACGUGGCUAACUUUGGGGCUCUGUAUGGGUGCAGCCCGUUCGCCGCUGGGAUGAGGGGGCCUUUCCACGCCUUGCGAAUCCCUGAGCGAUAUGUUGACCACGUUUCGUCACCACAUUGGUCGGUGCGGGUUGUACGUGCCGUACGUACGUUGCACUUCUUUCGCAUCGUACGUAACCAACCGCGUCUAUCGGAGGGUUGGUGAAGUUCAGGGCGGGGGAGUGCAGACCAAAUAAUGGAUUUUUCUGCACAUCCCUCAACUGCCCACAUCACCCACUCCUCCUGUCGGUUGUGCACGGUGGCGGUCACCCAUCCAAGCGCUAUCCAGGCUCAACUCAUGCUUAGCCAACUGAGAUCUUACGAGAUUGGGCGCAAUCCGGGUGAUUUUGUCAUUUGAAACGGAGUCCGCUGUUUAAUUAUUUUUCCGGCAAUUUGUAGAGCUGGCUCGGAGGUGGUUGUUGUCAGACACUCUCAUCCAGCCAAGUGUAGAGCCUGGGUUCGAUUCCAGGCAGCCACCUGCGAUUAAACCGAGUCCUCGCAGGUCGUAAAUUGACGAUCUCAAUGGCUGCAGAAAAAAAGGAUCCCAUCCAUUACGAGUCGGGUUUUCACUUAAUUCAGUCUUGAUCAGGUCUACAAAACAAAUCUAGUUUGUUGGUUGACACGUGGUGAGACCGGCUUCACCGGAGCCGUCCUGAGCCGUGCCAGCAUGUCGCUGACCGUUCGCACGCGAUGAACACUUGGAGACGCGUCUAGACGAUGCGGCGGAUGCAGUCUUCUCGCACUCUUCAUGACGAGCAAUCACACACGACGAAUGGGUCGAGAGGCGUUUGUAGGUAACGCGACGAUGCAACGUCCCCGCAGUGACAUCAAACACAAUGAUUGCAUCAUUGGCACUGCCCCCACAUGGCCCCGAGCCAAAUUCAGAUGCCUUUGUGAUGCCAGUUUUCAAAAAUAGAAGUCUCCUGGUUUGUUUCUGGAUGGGCAAAGCAAAUCUCCUGGACAAAUGCGAAAAAAUGAGCUUCACAGCUCAUCGGAUUCCUCCAGUCUAAAUGAACAUUCUGAUUCUGAAUAGCCAGUAGGAAAAGAGAAACGAGUUUUCCCGUCUACGGCAAGGGGCGAUUUUUUAUAGCGACGAUGGUAGAGAAAUUCCAGCCUGUCUAACCAAACAGCUUUGACCGACGGUGAACUUCUUGUCACCGCAGGGAGCGCAGGGUCCCCCGCGCGGGCAUUAGCUCCACACCGAUGAUGAUGUUGUCCACGCUGAUGAUGUUGUGCGUAGUGUUGCAUUUCGGGCCGAACCUGGACGUUGCCCGAUGCGUAUUUCACGUGGCUAAGCACAGCGCGCCGUCCUCAACGUUACGCGGCGCGGCCUCUAAGAUGUCCGGGCUAGCUCAGGGGUUGGCGAGUGUCCCUGCGUCGAGUGAAUAUUGAAUGUCGCCCCUUUUUCUACAGCUCGUAAUGUCUAACUAUUUAUUUAUUUUGGAAUUACAACUAAUUAUUUCGGAGAAAAAGCAGCGCAAGACAAAAAGGUUAUGGAAACAUGAAAACGCACACCGCGGGAGCUGCCGGAAAACCAUGAGUCACAAAUUCUGCAUUGCUCGCAGAGCCAGCCCUAAAGGAGUCACAGCGGAGAGAAGUGAACUGUUGGAAUUUCCUGGCCGCGUGACGAUGCCGCGCUGGGUCGAGACUCGGCCGCACAAACGGAGUCGUCGGCGUUGCUUCGAGUGUUUUGGGGGUAAAUGAUUGCUCGAUGUUCGAGAACUCUAUGGACUCCGUCCGUAUCUAUGGGACCCUUUUUGUCAGCGUCAAGAUAUUGAAUGAUUAAAAAAAGGCUUCACCCUAGUAUAGGCCAAUCAGCUUCAAGGACAGACCAUAUAUUAUCAAAGCAUAUUCGUUUAAAACAUGUUUUACCACAAAGUCCGUGUGGCUAAUGAAGACUUGAUGAUACCUUGUAUGUUAGGUGUCUUAUUUUGGCGUUCGAACAUCUUGACACCGCCUGUAUUCAUGGCCAAUAGGGGGUAAAGCCUUUCAUUUUAAUCGUUCAAAUCGCGUUACAGUUGUAUAGAACGACGUUCGCGCUUUGACUUUGGGGAGUGCCAAUUUUAGUUUUCUGCCUUCCCCUUUCAAUUUUCAAUGACCCUCCCCCACCCCCGCAUCACCCCCUGCGUGAUCUCCUGGGACGUGUCGUGGUACCGAGCAAGCGGCGUUUACACCGCUCGGCCCGCUCACGCGCACGGCGCGGCGGUAGCGGCCACCGUUGCCGGCAGCGGCGCCGGCCCCCUCGGCACCACCGUCGAUGUCUCUCUGCGGGGCCCUCUGGGACGAGCCCUCGAUUGGCAUCGCGACGUUCGUCACCACGUUCGCCAACGUCUCGUUUUUCGUUAACAAAGGGACUAACUGUAAAUGUGUCAACAUUUUACGUGCUAAUUUAAGCAAAUUAUUAUUUUUUUUUUUUACAAUUUACGUUUUGCUAACACUGUAGUUUUGGGUUGAAAUUACGAUUAUUUCCAGCUGUAUCCAGAGCUUAAUUUCUCCACCUCCUGCCGAUGUUUCCAUAAAACAAGCAAAAAAACAUCUCCGUAGCUUGCGAUGCUUUAAUCGGGUCGUGCCGCGUAUUGGUCGGCGUGACGUCCGACGUUUCGCGACAAAUGCUGGGAGCUUCCAUGAAACGAAAAAACAAAAAAAAAUCAUCCCACCUUCAAAGAUACUCACGCUGGAGCGAAACGUCGGGACACCGUGCCGAACGGCGGAGUACGGCGCGACCCCGAAAACCCAUCGUAGAUCUGCUGGGCAGCACUACCGCGAAACAAACACCCUAACCCAGCGCUGAAUUACAAACGGGCGAUCGAAACUUUGUGUGGCAUGACGUGUGGGU